CUCCUAUCACUGAGAAAUAUCAGAAUCGUCGUGAAAAUAUCUAACGAAGAUCAACUCCAGACAAACAGACUCCAUUCCCCCCUCAAGUAAACACCCCUCAAUCAGCCACUCAUCAUGUCCAGCGUCGGAAAAAAGGUAACAUCCGACCCCGCCGCGAAGAACGCAAUCCCCGAAGCCGUCGGGACCGUGACCUCGGACUCACUGGCCGCCGAAUCGCACAGCUUCGGCGCGGGCAACCCCAAGGCCGGCAUCUCGCAGCAGCCGUCGCGCUCGUCGACGCUGAACACGACCGACACGUCUGCGGCGCGGAAGCUGGAGCCGGCGGAGAAUGAGGAGGCGAGGGAGAUGAAGUAUGGGUGGGGCGAGGAUGAGAGGGUUAAGAGGGAUGCCGGGCUUGAGGGUGGGGAGAUGGAGGGGAGGAAGUGAGAGGG